CGUAUAUCACUUAAGUGACUCAGUCAGUUUUACCAGCCUCAUUUCAAAGAUGCGGUAGGCAUUCUGUUACUCAGCCAGUUUUACCAGCCUCAUUUCAAAGAUGCCACAAUCAUUCUGCUUUGAGAAUCCUCUUUACAUGAAGAAAUGCGUGAAAUUUUGGUCAUUUCUGCUCAUUGUCCUCUUGUGCACAUAUUGGGAGCAAUGCAGCACAACAAAGACCAACGCACGUUCACUACGAAAGAUGAAUCUACCUGCAGUUAUUUUGGUCCUUUUGUUAUGCAUCACAUUUUCGGGAAGCCAGAAAGCAUCGAAACCUCAAAGUAACAAGAAGUGCAAACGGGAGGUGUACCCCAAGUCUUGGACUGAAGCGCCCUGCCAAAUCGGCAAAAAAGUGAUAAAACAUGGUGAAACUGGUGACUCUGGCAGCAUCCAUUCUUGCCUAGGGGUCUACUGCCUAAAUGGAAUUACGGUUCCUGUUGAGUGCGGGAUUCGGCGGCCUCAAAACACAAGCGAGCGCUUUUACACCCGCCGAAGAGGUCCUUGGCCUAAGUGUUGUUAUUGGAAUGGAGACUGCAAGAAUAAUACUAAGCCAUAGUGACCCAUAUACCUAACGUUAUUGCUGUGUGUUUCAACCUGCGCUUACACACACACAUUUUACUGCACUGGGCAAUUCUUUGGGCUGCGCGCAUAUACACUGUAAUAAUAAAAAGCCAAUUCUGAUGCAUAAUACGUUGUUCAGAAUACA